AUGUCUGCCUCCCUACUAAACAACAUCGAAUUGCUGCCCCCUGAUGCCCUUUUCGGUAUCAAGCAAAGAUACGGCCAAGACCAACGCACCACCAAGGUCGACUUGGGUAUUGGAGCCUACAGGGACGAUAACGGUAAGCCAUGGGUCCUGCCAAGCGUUAAAGCCGCGGAAAAACUGAUUCAUAGCGACAACUCCUACAACCACGAAUAUCUCGGUAUCACCGGGUUGCCCACAUUGACGUCGAACGCCGCCAAGAUCAUCUUCGGUACGCAGUCCGCCGCCUUGCAGGAAGACAGAGUAAUCUCCGUGCAAUCGCUGUCCGGGACGGGGGCUCUUCAUAUUUCUGCCAAGUUCUUCUCAAAAUUCCUCUCCGGUAGACUGGUCUACUUGUCCAAGCCCACUUGGGCCAACCACAUGGCCAUUUUUGAGAACCAAGGCUUGAAAACUACCACUUACCCUUACUGGGCCAACGAGACCAAGUCCCUGGACCUGGACGGGUUCCUAGGCACCGUCAAAAGCGCUCCAGAGGGCUCGAUUUUCGUUUUACACUCUUGUGCCCACAACCCCACCGGGUUGGACCCAACCAACGAACAGUGGGUCCAGAUUGUUGACGCCAUCGCCUCCAAGAACCACAUCGCCCUAUUUGACACCGCCUACCAAGGAUUCGCCACAGGUGACUUGGACAAAGACGCGUACGCUGUGCGUCUGGGUGUGGACAGACUCGCCACGGUCUCUCCCGUCUUCAUCUGCCAGUCGUUCGCCAAGAACGCCGGUAUGUACGGUGAGCGUGUGGGUUGCUUACAUCUAGCACUUACAAAGCAAGCGCAAAACCAGUCCGUCAAGCCGGCCGUCACCUCUCAGCUGGCCAAGAUCAUUCGUAGUGAAGUGUCCAACCCACCCGCCUAUGGUGCCAAGAUCGUAGCCAAACUGCUGGAAACACCAGAAUUGACCGAGCAAUGGCACAAGGAUAUGGUCACCAUGUCUUCGAGAAUUACCAAGAUGAGACACGCGUUAAGAGAUCAUUUGGUUAAGUUGGGCACUCCGGGCAACUGGGAUCAUAUAGUAAACCAAUGCGGGAUGUUCUCUUUCACAGGACUAAGUCCUCAAAUGGUCCAGAGACUGGAAGAAAUCCACGCCGUUUAUUUGGUCGCCUCGGGUAGGGCAUCCAUAGCCGGGCUGAAUCAGGGAAACGUGGAAUACGUAGCUAAAGCCAUUGACGAAGUGGUGCGCUUUUACGCUACUGAAGCUAAAUUGUAA